CACCACCAUCACCUCGCACGCGCGCUCUGCUCGCGCUCACCGCCGGCACACCUUCCUCCGCUGCGCACUUUUGACUCGCCAUGCCCGCACGAGCCUUUGGUCACGAGGAGGACGAAGAUGAAGGCGACUCGCGCAACCUGCACUCCUCACACGUCGUCGUCGCCUUCUCCUCUACGACCGGCGCAGAGCCAGCACGCAAACGGUCGCGCACAGGCGAUGCUGCUCCAAAAGUCAUUCCACUCACGGGCGAUGGUGAUUGGAUGGCAGAGAGGAAGCGCAGGUUGAAUCUGGGCAGACACGCUGCUCAGCUCGGAGGCCUGGUCAGCAUGCAAAGGCGAGAUGGCGACCGCGGCGGUGGCGGCAGCGCAAAUCAGAGCCGCAUCGGCGACGGCAGCACCCUCACUCCAGGUUUGACGAGGAUGAGGGGCGUCGCGGGCGUCGCGGGUGUCGCGCCUGCAGCUCCAAGCUCACGCACGCACGCGGAAGAAGAAGCAGAGAUUGCCGCUCUACAAGCUGCUGCCAGCGAUACCACACCAUCCGCAUCCAAAGCCGGUGAUGCGCCCACAGACGACGAUGCGGAAGCUCGCGCAGCUCUGCUCGCGGGAGGCGACCAGCGUCGUCGAGGUCGCGACACUGAGCGGAUCAUCGAGAUGGACGAGACUGCGCUCACGCAAGCCGACGCUGCCAAUCGGCCCGAUGCGCCUACGGUGGAAGAGUACGCCGCGCUGCCCAUCUCCGAAUUUGGCGCAGCGAUGCUGAGAGGCAUGGGCUGGAGGGAAGGGCAAGGUGCAGGCAGAAACAGGCAGGGUCCCACCACUUCCGAACAAGUCAAAAAGAGACCCGCACUGCUCGGUCUUGGUGCCAAAGAACGCAAAGAUGUGGGCGGCACGGGCGGCACGGGCAGCACCUCGCGCGGCAAGGACGCGAAACGAUCGUCUCGGCCCGACAGCAGGUACGUGCCCGUCGUCAAGAGGAGUGCAGAGGAGGGCUCACGGGAACGCAUGGCAGACGUGUCGUUGGGAGAACGCAAUGGCGCGCGACACGAUAGUCGACCCAGCGAAGCUCGCUCGUCUCGCUCGUCUCGCCACCGAGACGAGUAUGACCGCGAGAGACAUUCGACACGGCGCCAAGGGGACAGCGAGAGACAUUCGACACGGCGCCAAGGAGACCACGAGAGGUAUGCACGCGAUGACGACAGGCGGUACGGGUCAGACAGGCGAGAUGCGGACUGGUCGUCAAGUCGGCAGGAUCGGGACGGAUACGCCCGCCGCGAGCGAUAGUCAUCUGCACACGCAUCUAUUCGCGCCCGGUUUACUUUGGUGCGUCAACUUUCUCCUCGCAAUAGACACACGGCGCCGCACUGGUCUACUUUGGUGCGUCAACUUUCGCCUCGCGAUAGGCAUCUGCACACGUGGCGCCGCAUCUAUUCGCGCCCGGUCUACUUUGGUGCGUCAACUUUCUCCUCGCAUUAGACACACGGCGCCGCACUGGUCUACUUUGGGGCCUCUUUUGAGCUUUCUCCUUCUCCCGCACCAUGCCCCAUGCC